CUUUGACAUGUCUGUGCUCUGACUGCAAACAAGCCAACUCCACGUGUGAGACGGACGGUGCCUGCAUGGUCUCAGUCUUCAACCUGGAUGGAGUCAAGCACCACGUUCGGACCUGCAUUCCUGAGGCAAAAUUGAUUCCUGCUGGGAAACCCUUCUAUUGUCUGAGUUCGGAGGAUCUGCGUAAUACUCACUGCUGCUACUCUGAUUUUUGCAACAAAAUUGAUUUAAUGGUUCCCAGUGGACACCUGAAAGACAAUGAGCCCCCGUCGAGCUGGGGUCCCGUCGAGCUGGUGGCGGUGAUUGCCGGGCCCGUCUUCCUCGUGUUUGUUGUCAUGAUCAUUGUGGUCUUUGUGUUCCAUCACCACCAACGGGUCUAUCACAACCGCCAGAGGCUGGACAUGGAGGAUCCUUCUUGUGAAAUGUGCCUUUCCAAGGACAAGACCUUGCAAGAUCUGGUCUAUGAUCUCUCCACCUCCGGCUCUGGCUCAGGCUUGCCUCUGUUUGUCCAACGGACCGUGGCUCGGACAAUUGUCCUUCAGGAGAUCAUCGGCAAAGGCCGCUUCGGGGAGGUGUGGCGGGGCAGGUGGCGCGGGGGUGACGUGGCUGUGAAGAUCUUCUCAUCACGUGAGGAGCGUUCCUGGUUCAGGGAGGCAGAGAUCUAUCAAACAGUGAUGCUGAGGCACGAGAACAUCCUGGGAUUCAUUGCUGCAGAUAACAAAGAUAAUGGGACGUGGACUCAGCUGUGGCUCGUCUCUGACUACCACGAGCACGGCUCUCUCUUUGAUUACCUGAAUCGCUACACGGUGACUAUCGAGGGCAUGAUCAAGCUCGCCCUGUCUGCUGCCAGCGGGCUGGCCCACCUGCACAUGGAGAUCGUGGGCACUCAGGGAAAACCUGGGAUUGCUCACAGAGACCUGAAAUCCAAGAAUAUUUUGGUGAAGAAGAACGGCACGUGUGCCAUCGCUGACCUCGGCCUGGCCGUCCGGCACGACUCCGUCACGGACACGAUCGACAUCGCCCCGAACCAGAGGGUUGGAACCAAACGAUACAUGGCCCCAGAAGUCUUGGAUGAAACCAUCAACAUGAAGCAUUUUGAUUCAUUUAAAUGUGCUGAUAUCUACGCCUUGGGCUUGGUCUACUGGGAGAUUGCCCGAAGGUGCAACGCAGGAGGUAUCCAUGAGGAGUAUCAGCUUCCCUACUACGACCUUGUGCCCUCUGAUCCUUCGAUUGAGGAGAUGCGGAAGGUCGUGUGUGACCAGAAAUUGCGGCCAAACAUCCCAAACUGGUGGCAGAGCUACGAGGCACUACGGGUGAUGGGCAAGAUGAUGCGAGAGUGCUGGUACGCCAACGGAGCGGCUCGGCUCACCGCCCUCCGCAUUAAGAAAACCCUCUCCCAGCUCAGUGUCCAGGAAGAUGUGAAAAUUUAGGCUCUGAGCCUCAGCAGGAGGAAACUGCACAGGAGCUGCUGUGCUAGAGUAGACAUGUGAUGGAGGCCUACCUCGUGUUUCAGCCCAACCUACUGCUACAACCAGACAGCGGGACCUGCAGGCUGCUAGGCAGGGGGACGGAGCCUACGGAACCGCUCUCUUCCCUGCUUGGGUAUGAAACAAUCCAAAACCUUUUGUGAUCACCUCCUGAGAGCGUGGAGAUUUGAGAGGGACUUCACCCGAGGGAUCUCAGCCAUGAUCGUAACUCUUUGUUCCUCUAAAGGAAAUCCCUGUAAAGUUCAGCGUGCGUUGAGCACCCAUUGGUGGGGUCGGAGCCAGCCCCGGCUGCUCGGUGCCGGGAGUGGGAAGGGAAAGGGAAAGUUUUCUUGCCGUACUCUCGAGGAUUUUUCCAGGGACUGGCACGUUAAUGCAGAAAAAGCAAAACAAAUGGUGCUCUCUUCCAAGAGGCUGAGCCAGAACACUUGUAUCAGCUUCACAAAACCGUUCUCCCUCCUUUUCUUAAGCUUGAAAAAAAAGUCCAAGUCGGCGCCCUGACGGCCGUCGGGGCGCCCCGGUGUCUGCAUGCGCGAGGUGCGCGUGUCCCCGUGCCUGGUCACCUCCUCAUAGCCGUGCGGUGUCUGCCUGUGGGUGGCUCAUCUCUGUCCGUGCUUCCCGUGCAUGUGCAAAUCUCGAGUGUCCCGUUUGUGAGCUGUUGCUGGUGCUCUCCGUGCUGAGUCGUGAGCGUCGUGGAGCUUGGACAGGCUGCUGCAGAGCGGAUCCUUGGCUCCCCGAUGGGCGCCGCGGCCGCGCCGGCUCCGCCGCCGGCUGCCGCAAGGUCCCAUCAGGUUGCCUCACUGCCACCCCUUCCCUUUUUUAAGACAAAACAAAAAUAAGGAACUGAGAAUCACUCCUGGAAUCCAGGUUUUUUUUUUUUGUCUCGAGCCCCUGGGGUUUGUAAUUCUGGGUAGCGGGGAGCUGGGUUGUGUCAGAGGCGGAGCAGGCGCUGUGGGGGAGUGCAGGACUCAGUUCUCCUGGGAACACAAUUCCCAACUCCACCACCCAGGCACAUUUCUGGGGGCCUGGUGAUGAUGCAGCGCUGCAGGCUGGGGACAGAGUGGCUGGACAGUGGCCAGGCAGAAUGGGGCUUGGGGGUACUGGUUGGCAGCUGACCGAGCAUGAGCCAGCAGUGUGUCCAGGUGGCCAAGAAGGCCUGGAUCAGGAAUGGUGUGGCCAGCAGGAGCAGGGAGAUCAUUCUUCCCCUGUACUGGGCACUGAUGAGGCCACACCUCGAGUGCUGUGUCCAGUUCUGGGCCCCUCAGUUUAGGAAGGAGAUUGAGAUGCUUGAGCGUGUCCAGAGGAGGCAGCAAGGCUGGAGAGGGCUGGGAACACAAACCCUGUGAGGAACGGCUGAGGGAGCUGAGGGUGUUCAGCCUGGAGAAAAGGAGGCUCAGGAGAGAGCUGACCACUCUCUACACUCCCUGAAAGGUGGCUGUGGCCAGGUGGGGUCUCUGCUCCCAGGCAACCACUGACAGAACGAGAGGACGCAGCCUUAAGCUGUGCCAGGGGAAGUUUAGGUUGGACAUCAGGAAAAAAUUCUUCACUGAAAGAGUGAUUGGGUACUGGAAUCAUCUGCCCAGGGAGGUGGAGGAGUCACUGUCCCUGGACAUGUUUGAAAAAAGACUGGGCAUGGCACUCAGGGCCAUGGUUUAGUUGAUGAGGAGGUGUUAGGUUAGGUCACAGGUUGGACUUGAUGAUCUCAAAGGUCUUUUCCAACCUGGCUCAUUCUGUGAUUCUGUGAUCUGAGUUCUGGGGAUGCUCUGCACCUCCCAGAGGCGCUGGGCAGGAUCUGACAGCAGGUGUGGGUUGGGAAAUCAACAUCCAUCUUUUUAAUAUAGGUGUAUAAAUAUCUCCUAAUGUGGAAGUGGCUGUGUCUCAGUGUGGGGUGGGGGGAUCUGCAUGGGUUUUCUUUUGAUUCAAUGCCGAAUCCAGGUGAGGGAGAGGUGGGGUGACUACAGAGACUGUGGAAGUGGGGGCUGUGGCUGCCCUGAUGGCUUUGGCAGUCAGGAGGAGCCCUGGUGUGGAGGUCAGGUCAGUGUCUGCAGUAGAGAACUCUGAAGCCAUAACUUUUAACUGGAGUGGUUUUGAUUAUUAUUAUUUUUUUAAUUAUUAUUGUUGUUGUUGUUAUUAUUAUUAUUAUUGUUUUCUGGGAGGGUCUGGAUUUUAACUUUUUUGAAUAUUGUUAAUUCUUUCUAAGAGCAGAAAAACAAUCUCUAAUUAUUACCUCUUGACCUGUUGGUUUGUAAAGAAAUCACUGCAAAAAAAAAAAAAAAAAAAAAAGAAAGGAAAAAAACCAAAUGCACAGCUCGAUUUACACUGGAACUGUUUCUACUCUGACCUUGCUCCUGCUCUCUAAGGUGAGGUUUCAUCUCUGCUCUGGCUGCCAGGGUUGUCUUUAUUUCAGUCCCUCUGUUCUUGCUGUCUGUGUCCCUGUCCAUGUGUCCCUCUGCCCCCAUUCCCCGUGUGUCCAUGACCUUGUACAAAGUGAGGAGUGUGGUUUUUGAAUCGUUAGCAGCUGGUUUGCACCCCCCAAGGAGUUUUUGGCAGCGUGGGUCUGUCCUGGGAGCGGGGCUGGGGCUCCCCUGUCCCCUCCCAGCUUGUCCUGAGUCACAUCUCAGCCACAGGUUCCCAGUUUCACAUGUCCCUUAAACCUGCAUUUAGGAGCCAAGGGGGCACUUGCAAACCCUAAAUUUCAGUUUAACUCUGUUAAACCUGGACUUGGAAGCUGAGGGGAGCACUGGCAAACCCUAAAUGUCAGUUUAACACAGUUAAACCUGGACUUGGAAGCUGAGGGGAGCACUGGCAAACCCUAAAUGUCAGUUUAACACAGUUAAACCUGGACUUGGAAGCUGAGGGGAGCACUGGCAAACCCUAAAUGUCAGUUUAACACAGUUAAACCUGGACUUGGAAGCUGAGGGGAGCACUGGCAAACCCUAAAUGUCAGUUUAACACAGUUAAACCUGGACUUGGAAGCUGAGGGGAGCACUGGCAAACCCUAAAUGUCAGUUUAACACAGUUAAACCUGGACUUGGAAGCUGAGGGGAGCACUGGCAAACCCUAAAUGUCAGUUUAACACAGUUAAACCUGGACUUGGAAGCUGAGGGGAGCACUGGCAAACCCUAAAUGUCAGUUUAACACAGUUAAACCUGGACUUGGAAGCUGAGGGGAGCACUGGCAAACCCUAAAUGUCAGUUUAACACAGUUAAACCUGGACUUGGAAGCUGAGGGGAGCACUGGCAAACCCUAAAUGUCAGUUUAACACAGUUAAACCUGGACUUGGAAGCUGAGGGGAGCACUGGCAAACCCUAAAUGUCAGUUUAACACAGUUAAACCUGGACUUGGAAGCUGAGGGGUGCACUUGCAAACCCUAAAUGCAGGUUUAGCCCAGUUAAACGUGGAUUGAGAACCCUUAAUGUCAGUUUACCCCAGUUAAACCUGGACUUGAAAGCCGAAGGGGACAGUUGCAAGCCCUAAAUGUCCAUUUAACCCAGUUAAACCUGUAUUUAGAAGCCGAGGGGGGCCCCUGAAGCCCUGAGGACUCCCGGGCCGUUGGAGCAGGCCCCGGGGUGGGAGCUGGGCAGGGCAGGAGGGGCCGAGGCACAGCUCUGGGUGCUGCCGGCUGCCCCUUGGCUCUCCCCUCCCGGUCCAUCAGCUCUGAAACUCGCACUGAACUCGCCCCCUCCAACUGUAGCCACACUGCACCUGCCUCAGCGCCAAACCAAACAGGGCUCAGGAAGGGAAGGAUUUUAGGGAAAGCCUUGUUUCUCUAAAAGGAGAGAUGGGGAAAAGCCAGCGGGAGGAACUAACGCUGACCAUGUAGCAUUUUCACAGCACUUUCAUGCAAACCGGUGCCCGGGGGCGCCAGUGCUUGCCGAGCUGACUGAGCACGUGGGAAUUGCUGCCUGCCUCCAAAAAGUUGCAGCAGCUCUGGGGGAAAAAAGCACCAUUCCAGGCAGUUCUGAGGGGAUCCAGGUGCAGGACAAGGAGGGGGGGGGUCCAUCAGCGGUACGUGGCUGCAGGACAGAAUUCUUGGUACUUCUCUGCCCCUUUGAUUUGUUUGGUUUUGUACAUUUUCUUAGCAAAGGACUGUAAGAAAAUAGCCACUUAGCCACUUUACCUCUUCAGUAUGCAAAUGUACAUACGGUGUAAGAUAGGAAAUCUUUUGUUUAAUAUAAAACCAGGCUGUCGAUUUCUGCUGUACAUUAUUAAAAGUUUGUUUUAUUCA